UCUAGUUCAAGUAGUUGGACGAGAGCCAACUAACGAAGAUGUCGGUAGAUCUGCAGAAGCACCGAGAUGCUAUCUUUGGAGCGUGGAAAACUGUGGUUGAUCGAAAGAGCUCUACCAACUGGGCCCUUUUUGGGUACGAGGGCCAAACGAACGUAUUAAAAUUACAGGAAACCGGUGAGGACGGUAUCUCGGAACUGGGGGCAGAGUUGAAUUCGGGCAAAAUUCAGUACGCAUUUCUAAGAGUGGAUAACCAAGAGACGGGCAUCGCUAAAUUUGUGUUCAUAAACUGGCAGGGUGAAGGCGCACCGAUUGCACGGAAAGGAACAUGUGCUAAGCAUGUGCGUGACGUAACGGCUUUGCUGCAUGGGGCCCACAUUACAGUGCAUGCUACCAACGAAGACGAUGUGGAGGAAGCCCGCAUACUGGAGAAGCUGCAGAAGGUGGUAGUGAAUGAUUUCAAAGUAAAAGAUUACACACAGGCCAAUGAAUCCCCUAAGCCGGUCGGUACGAACUAUAGCCGGGUAAAUCCGACGAAGGAGAUCAAUCCGGCAGAACGGGAUGAAUUUUGGCGCAAGGAAGAAGAGGAAGAAAAACAUCGACUACAGGCAGAAUAUGAACGAAAGCUAAAUGAAACAGUUUUGCUAGAGAAGGAGCGACGGCGACGCGAAGAACAGGAAUUUGAAAAAAGAGAGGCGGCAACGGGUGCCGAUAGUGUGCUUGCCGCAACGCCAGUGUCUCCAGAUCGAAGCUACGCACGACAAGCAUCGGACCAAAGCAAGACGGAACGAGAACGUGAAAUCAAGCAAGUGGUUGAAGCGAGUGCAAAGGUCAGCAGUGCUAAAGCUCGUUUCUUAAAUAGCACCGCCCAGCUGAGUCCAACGCACAUUCAGGCCGAGGUGGCACAAGAGCUAACCGAACCACCAUUCUCGCCCACGGCAUCCUUCGAAGAACGCAGUAUUAUCAACGAGCUCAAAGCGGAGUUAGAAAGCGAACAGCAAAACGGGACAGAGACUCCGCCCGGUUUGGUGGGAACAGUGGCUGUCGGCGAAAAUGCCGUUUUGCCAGAAGUGCCUGAGACAGCCGCUGGUCAGUAUUUCGAUCCUAAUGCGACGAUCGACCUAUCCGAUGAAGAUAACAUGAUACGCGCUAGGGCGCUGUACGAUUAUCAGGCGGCUGAUGAUUCUGAAAUCAGCUUUGAUCCUGACGACAUAAUCACGCACAUCGAUCAGAUCGAUGAGGGCUGGUGGCAAGGGCUCGCACCAGACGGUACGUACGGGCUGUUUCCGGCCAACUAUGUUGAGCUCAUCUGAAUGGAAGGAGCAUUGUAUUAAAAUAAUAUCAGCAUUGUUAUUAGCGAUCGAACGCAAAAGAAAUUUAUCACACGAUUACGGUAAUGCUGUUAGCAUAAUGCAAACGAUCAUGAUUGAAUCCUUUCGUAGAUUCUCGCACAAUACAUGCACACGAACGUGCCCCCAUUGCAAUUGAAAGUGUAUCUUUCCGGGCACUAAGACGUAAAUGGAACACAAUUGAUAUCAGCGUUGUUGAAAGUACUGUUUUUGUCCUUCGACUUUUUUCAUGGUGUUUUCGUUUUACUAGUGAUGGUAAAUGUGCAAAUAAUAGCUAAAUGAAGUGAACGCAGAAGAUGUAAUGGAAAUAUGACGUUCGCUCCGUUAACCCAGACCCUGUUUCCUGAAUACUAAUAAUAAUACGUUUUAACCUUUUAAUUGUAAGCACUGAAAGACGAAACAUUAUACGAAGCAGAUAAACAGACCCCGGUUAAAAUAAUAAGUAACUCACCAA